AUGUUGCUGAUGGAUAGGGCCUUGAAGCCCAAUUGGCUCGUACCUGUCCUGAUUGUGGAUAUUGACGGUGUGAUUGAUAGGACUGUAGGGACCAAGGCCAAAGAUCAGGAGACUGCCACCAGAAGUCCGAGAGCUCAUCCAGAUGCUUGUCCCCUCUCACAACGUCGCCAAUGCCAGGCUGGCUUCGCUCAGACUCUCUGGCCCUCGAGAUUCGACUUUCAUCCGGAGCGCAGGAUCUGCUUCGAAGCGACGGAUCCGUCGUACAGCAGCAUUGCCGAGCAGCGCACCGAGACUAGAGAAUUCUUAUGGAAAAAGCAGGACUACUGCCUUCCCAGUAAAGCCGUCGACGAUUUAGAGACCCUUGGAGGAGACUUUUCUGCGCAGCCUGCAGACCGCUUCCCUACGGUUUACAAUACAGAAAGAUAUAUGAUUAGACCGUCUCAGUCUCAGCACAGAUCCGAAGCAUCAAAGUCUCUUUCUGGCAUCCCAGUGAACAUCUCGGGUAUACGGUUCAUCCUCGAGGGUUAUCAGGAAGUUUCGCCGGGUUACAAUGUGGCGACGAGUAAGAAAUGCUCGACAUAG